AUGGCUUCCGCUAAUGGCGCCGUGUUCAGGCUUGCCUGCAUCGCCCUGGUCCUGUUAUUCAUGGGUCCGCCGGCUGCGAUGGCCGACGUGCAGGGCGACUGCCACAAGAGCUGUCGUCCGGAGUGCGAUGGCUUCCCUGCUAAUGUUUGCAAGAACAUCACGAGUAUUUUCCCCGUGCUGAAUUUCGCGUAUACGACGUGCAAAGUUUGGCUCUCUGCAGAGUGUACGCACAUCUGCCGGAUCGGAGUGCAUGCCGUUCGUGUCGAUGCGCCAUUGGAUUCGCAUCGAGAAGUGUGCGAAUCCAACGGCGCAGUGCGUAGGGACACAUGCCCGUAA